AGAGGCGUGACGCGGCCGGCGGCGGACAGCUGGGCGGCCAGCCGGCGCCGCGCGUGGGAGGAGGCGCCGUUCAGUGCCGCCGCGAUUGUGACCAAAGCUGACACGGGACGGCCGGUGUCCCGAGUGAGUGUGACGCCGGGCGUCGGCGGGGUGCGCGGUGCAGUGCGGUGCGCCGUGCAAAAAGGUGUGUCAGUGCUCACCCGGCGGGGUGCUGUAAAAAACGCAGACCGCGCCCGACUCGGCGGAGGCCGGUGCCAGCGUCAGUGUGUGCGUCUUUCGCGACCGUCCGUCUCACUGCACCUGGGUGGUCCGCGCAGCCACCCAGCCGCGCAACAUGAAGAAAAUCUUCUCUCGGGUUGCGCACGCCUUCAAGCACGAUGCGGGGGCCGAGCAGGAGAGUGCGGGCGAGGCCGCUCCGCCGGCGUCACCGUCGCCGGCGGCUGUCGAGCCCGGCGAGCACGCGUCACUAACCUCUGUGGACAGCGGCGUGCUGGUGGACGUCCACGAGCCGGACCGGAGUGCGGGCGGCGCGGGCGCCGCGGCGGGGGCGGAGCCGGUCGCUCCAGUCACGGACCCGGUCCCGGAAUGUGCUAAGCCGGCAGCAGGGGACGGUGCCGACGGUGCAGCGCCUCCAGAGGUCGAGGCGACACCGGACGGCACCUCACCUCAGACCGCCGGAGGCGCGACCCAGGACGGUGGUGAGGGGCAGCUGCCGUCUCCGUCGGCAGUCUCAGCCGCGAGCACCGCCGUUCAGGGAGAGGAGAGCCCUCCUGGAACUGAGGAGCAGGGUCAGUCACCGUCGGAGAGUGUGCAGGAGCAGGAUACUGCGACUGGAGUGCCACAGGAGCAGCUGGAGCCCUCAGCAGCUAUCGAUGAGCAGGAGCUUCAAGCUGCAGCGGCCCAGGAGGCUCAGGAGACUGUGGAGGCAGUCAACGAGAAGUGGCUCAUGACUGGAGUCGAGGAACCGACUGCACCCACACAGGAACAGGAUUCCGCCACACCAGUACCUCAGGAGCCGUCACAACCCUCAGCAGUCGCUCAGGAUCAGGAGAGUGCGUCUGGAGCGGCGCGGACCGGCCAGGAGCCGGCGGCUGUGGAGCGGCCGUCCGGUGACCUUCAGAGCGGCGGCGGCGGGGCGGCGGAGGCCGAUAGUACCGGCCCCGGCCAUCCGGAUCGGCCGGGCCCGGCCGCCGAGCCGGCGCCGCAGCCGGAGCCGCCCCGGCGAGAGCACGCGGAGGCGGACAGUGUGAAUAGUGGGCAGAGCGGCCGUCAUGCGCCCGACGCUGGGAGUGUGACCGUGGAAAGUGCACGGGUGGGCGGCGUGGGCGAGCCGGGUGAUGCGGUGGCCGCGGAUGGACCGUGUGCGAUGGAGGCAGAGUGUGGGAGCGGCGUGACAGAGGGGCCGACCGUGACGCCGGAAACGGCGACGACAGGUGGGACGUCCGUGACGGAUAGUGACGGUGUGCUGCUCGAAACCGGCACUGAAGAUACGGCCGAUGACCUGGAUGGCAAGCCCAAGGAGAAAAAGAAGAAACGCAAAAAGAAGAAGAAAAAUAAUCCCGAAGAGCCGACGUCAGUCAGUCUUGUAGCGGAGGCUGUUGUGAAAGAGGCUGACGAGGGUGAACUAAAGCCUGCUUCAGCUGAACAGACGAGUGAAAAAGCCAGUGACAGUGUGAAAAAGGCCGCUGCCAAGCCAUCCGACCAGACAGUUAGUGAUGACGCUGCACAUUUGAAAACUAACAAGACCAAUACCAAAGUCUCGAGUCGGCUCACAGCUGGAACGAAGGCUUCUGCCGCCAAGGCGAAAAAGUCGCUGGCAUCCCAAGCAGCCAAGAAACUGUUAGAUUCCGCUGCCAAUAGGAACGGUCCGGCAAAGGCGAAAUCCACUCUGGCAAAACAGCCCACGGCUGAGGGGUCCGGCAGCCGGUCCAGCACGCCGACGCGGCCACUCCAGAACCCGGCCAAGUCGCGGCUGAAGACGCAGCUCUGUAAGGAGGCGUCCAUCGAGAGCAACGCGUCAGCAUCAUCGGUGGGCUCGUCUAGCGCUCGGUCGACUCGUACCGGUAAACGGAGCGGCGCGACUGCGGCUGAUAGGGGUCGGGGUGCGCCCGCCAGUCCUGUGGACAGAAGGGACUCGCUGCCCCUCUCGGUAUCCAGCGGGUCCACCACCGUCUCCACCCGCGGCGAGGACUCCUCCGCUAGAAAAGCCAGGGCCAAGAGCGCCAAGCAGCAGGUGGACAAGAGCGAACCUGCGGCAAGGUCCUCUACACCAACCGCGAAAAAGAAGAGCAACGCUGUUCCUGCAACGAAGACGGCUCCUGAAAAGAAGGCGUCAGUGGCUGACCAGACAGGAGCAACGAAAAAGGAGAAGAAAGCAAAGGUCUCGCUUGCGAAAGGCAAGGGGACAGGAACGAAAAAGGCAGCUGCCAAGAAAGAAGCGGACGAUUUGAAAGCGAAACAAUCUACAACUAGCCCUCCUCGGGUACCGGAAACCGCGGACUCUGCGUCUUCGGAUGUCCCUGCGGCUGCUGGAAACUCCGGGGAAACUGCUAACGUCAGUGCAGCUGAGGUGGUCGGCCAGCCAGUCAGCAAUUCCCCCGAAUCGUCACAGCUACCCGACUCGGACAAGACAAAUGCCAAUGCUGCUUCGGCCCGACUUCAAGGUUCGGAAGCAAUAGAAAACGCGCCUAAAGCAGAUGUGGCAGAGGACGCAUCAACGACGCGUCCCAACUUGACACAGAGUGACACCAUACAAGAUUCAACCGACCGGCCACCCUUGACACAACAUGACACCAUACAGGAUUCAACUGAGCGACCACCUCUGACACAGCAUGACACAAUACAAGAGUCCACCGACCGGCCUCCGCUGACACAGCACGAUACCAUCCAAGACUCCACUGAGCGGCCCCCGCUGACCGAGCAGGAGACACUGGAGGACACGUCGGUACUGCGGCCGCCCCUGGUGCAGCACCUAACGAUCGAGGACGGUCCCGAGCGACCUCCGCUGACGCAGCAGGAGACCGUUGAUGUUCCUGCACCGACUCCUGCUCCAGCAGACCCUGCUGUGGCAGCGGGGCCUUCGACUACCUCCGACUCCCCGGCGGUCACCAGCCCUCCAGCCGAGCAGCCAGCAUCGCCGGCAGUCGAAGAGACGGCUGUGAAGGAGGCCGCUCUUCCCCAGGUCACCCUAUCGCCCUCGAAGACGGCGAUUCCGACAUCGCCCUCGACGUCAGCGGUGCCUACCUCGCCGUCAGCGGCGGUGUCGGACGUCAGCUCGCGGCGCAGCAGUAUGGACCUGCUGGACGGCCCGCCGCGGCUGAGACGGAGCAUCAGCGGCCACGGGGAGGCGGCCGGCACGCCGCGGCCCGACGCCGUGCUCGAGGUCAUGUCGCAGGUGCACGCCGACUCGGAGGCGCGUCUGGCUGCGCGGCGCCAGGCCCGCGCCGAGGCUCGGGAGAUUCGUAUGCGCGAACUGGAGCGGCAGCAGCGCGAGGCAGAACAGAAUGGCGAGAAGCUCGACGACUUCUCAGAUGUGUCUCCACGGCCCGCGCUGUCGGUCGCCUCCGCUCGAGCCCCGCGCGGACCCAGUGCCGCCUCCAGCGGUCGGAGGGCCAGCGAGGAUUCGGCAGAGGACGGCACCUCCACGCCCUCCGGCAGUUUCCACCUGCGAGACGUGCGGCAUGAGCUGCGUGAGCUGGAGGAGAAGCUGCGGAAGACGAUGGUGACGUCUGCGCAGCUGGACAACGACAAGUCGACGCUGAGCUACCAGGUGGAGCUGCUCAAGGACAAGCUGGAGGAGAUGCAGGAGUCCCAUACACAGCUGCAGCGGGAGCACCGAACACGAUGUAGCGAACACGAACAGCUAAAACGGGUAUCGAAUAGGCUAAAGGAGGAUUAUGAGUGCUGUAAAAAGCUACUGGAAGAACGAGACAAACUUAUUGCGGAGAACGGCCUGGUGCUGGUCGGUGACGAGGAGGACUCGGAGUCAGAGUCGUCUCCGGACACACAGCGGCCGCAGAAGGCGCUCGUCUCACAGAACGCCGCCCAGCUGCUCGAGAAGGCCGGCGGCGGCACACUCGACAGCCGGCUGCGGCGGCUGGGUGAGGAGAAGAACGAGCUGGAGGACCAGCUGCGCCGAAUGAAACUGGAGCUCGAGGAGGAGCGGCACAUGAGCGCCCGCGCGCGCAUCUCCGGCUCCGGCGGCGGCGCCGAGUCUGACCAGGUGCAGCGCGAGGUGGCCCGCCAGGUGGGCGAGUACCGGUUCAAGCUGCAGAAGGCCGACCAGGACAUCACCAACCUGCAGACGGCGGUACAGCGGCUAGAGAAUCAGGUGGCGCGUUACAAGGCGGCCGCCGAGACGGCCGAAAAGGCAGAGGAGGAGCUCAAAGGAGAGAAGCGCAAACUGCAGAGAGAGCUGCGCGAGGCUCAGCAGCAGGUGGACGAGCUGGACAGUGCCAAGAAGACGAUGGAGCGCCAGCAGCGGCUGCGCCGGCUCUAGCCGCCGUCACACGGUGACUGGCUCCGGGAAUCAAUAACUCGAGUGGACGAGCUGGAAACCACCAACAGCCACCUCCAGAAGCGGCUAGACAAGCUGAAAAACGCGCGAUCAGCGCUGCUCAAAGACCUCUCGACCGAGUGACGAGUGACCCAGUGACAGUGACGCCGCCAGUGACCUGUGCAGUGAUAGCGGGCGGCCAGGGACUCCGCGCCGAGCCGCUGCCCCGCGCGCCGCACAGACACCGAACGGGCGGCCGGCGGACUAUGCGUCCCGCCCGGUGCGCCCCCUUGCGUCUCGCGGUGCGUCCUGCAGUGCGGCUAUCGGCGCGUUCCGGGCGCCCGGCGCCGCGGUCCGGUGAGGCCGACAUGGACCUCCGUCCGGCUGCCGUGCCGCCGCUGCCGCGCCGACCAGUGCCAAAGUGAGGGCCGUCGCCCGUUCCGGCCCGGUCCGGUCCGAGUCCGACCCUGGUGCGAGCCACCCGUCUGUCCUCGCUGCGCGCUUGUUGAUAUUGCCUGAGCUUUAACAAGUGCUCAAAGCAAACCCUGCAGUUCUUUUUCACCCUCGCGGUGAAAUGGUCAUAUGUUGUUCUGAUCAAAUCAUGUAAAUUGUUGAACUUCAAUGUCUUCGUUGUCCGUUACUUUUGCUACACUUUGCUGUUGGUUUCUGUCUCAUUCUUCGGGGCCGAUUCUGUGAUCGCAACCAGGGAUGAUUUGCUCCUUUCAUUACAAGUGCCUUCUGGCAUAACUAUGCGUAUUUUCUUCUGACUCUGUCCCUCCUGAACUGUGCAUCAGAUUGCUGGCGUUGGUCGGAUGAGUGAUUUUAACGAGAGGCAGCUUCGUUUUAGCUGCGGUCGCCGCCGGCACUGCGGUCUAGGUCGGGGCGAGAGCCGGCGACCUGAACUGACCGGCUCUGCUGAGGUGCGGGCCGGACGCUAGGCUUCGUCUCGCUGCCACUGUCUGUGAGGAGAGGCAUCGUGUAAUUUUUAUGAGGCGAGUGGUCUGCAGUGAGCCGAAUGCUCGCGUAGGCGAGCGUGAGCGUGCAUGAGUGCGCGCGUGUGCGAAUGGCCCCUCCCAAUUUUGUUACGUAUUAGCUGAUUUAUACUGAGUAUUAAAUUUAGUAGUUGGUCGUACAUUCUGUUUAUUGUAAUAUAAGUAACAGAUGUGCGCAAA